CACUGUUUUCAUCGCAGCAGCACUUUUAGAGGAAGAAAGCGACCGGACGGCUCACACUCGCCGAUAACCAACCCAAACCUCCAAAAACCACUUGAAUUUAUAUUUUAGUGCAAAAAUGACGACUGCACCAUAUAACUAUUCCUAUAUUUUCAAAUAUAUCAUUAUUGGUGACAUGGGGGUUGGAAAGUCAUGUUUACUCCACCAGUUCACAGAAAAGAAAUUUAUGGCUGACUGUCCUCAUACAAUUGGUGUUGAGUUUGGCACACGGAUAAUUGAAGUGAGCGGGCAGAAGGUGAAGCUUCAGAUUUGGGACACGGCAGGGCAGGAGAGAUUCCGUGCUGUCACACGCAGCUACUACAGAGGAGCCGCCGGGGCCCUCAUGGUGUAUGACAUCACCAGGCGAAGCACGUACAACCACCUCAGCAGCUGGCUGACUGAUGCCAGGAAUCUCACCAACCCCAAUACUGUGAUCAUUCUAAUUGGUAACAAAGCAGAUCUAGAAGCCCAGCGUGAUGUCACAUAUGAAGAGGCCAAGCAGUUUGCUGAAGAAAACGGUUUGUUAUUCCUUGAGGCAAGCGCAAAAACAGGUGAGAAUGUGGAGGAUGCUUUCCUUGAAGCCGCAAAGAAGAUCUACCAGAACAUUCAAGACGGCAGCCUGGACCUGAACGCGGCCGAGUCAGGGGUCCAGCACAAGCCCACUGCCCCCCAGGGUGGGCGGCUCAGCAGUGAUGCACAGCCUCAGAAGGAGGGCUGCAGCUGUUAAUGACCAUGGAGACUUCACUCUCUCUAUUUCUCUAUUCCUUCCCCUCCCAGAUCCCACCUUCGACUCCCUCUGUAUCUAAAAGUCUUUCCCCUUCCAGUAUGUUGGCUCAUGGAGACUGGGGCCAGAUGUGUAACAUAAUUCAUGUUCUCUUCUUUCCCACCUUCACUUCUCCUCUGUAUUCCCUCACUUGUUUUGCUUGUUUCUCAUACGCACACACCCCAGUGCUCCCAUUAAGCACUCAAGGGAGGACGGCUCCUCCACUGAACACUAAUCCCGAAGAGAGAAGAUGAUUGUCGAUAAACUGAAGAAAUGCUGGGUUUAUCCUUUACAGAUGUGAUGUGCGUAACUAUAAACUAAACAUCUCAUGUACGUGGGGGCUGUCUGAAUACUAGAGUAAUGUAAAUGAAAUGGAAAUAUUGGCAAACGUUAUUCGUGAUCAGGAGAACAUGCAUCAACAUUGUAUGUAACAUUUUGUUAAAAAUCUAAAACUGAAAUAUUGUAUUCUGUUUUAAAUUAGAGUUUUUUGCAGUUCACAUCCAAUCACCAAAUAUUUAUCCCUGUUUGUACCUAUUCAGGAAAUAAUAUACAUGUACUAUACAAGAUUAGUAUUGUUUUGAGAAGAAUCUCAAUGAAAGGUCCAUUGUAAAAAAAAAAAAAAAAAUCAGCUAGGGUCAUUUCAGACAGUUAUUUUAACUUAGUAACUGUUAUAGUAAUAUAUUGAAGAAGCUGGGACACAUUUUAGGUCCUGGAGAAUGUUUUCCGCACUUUGCAGAUUUGAUUUUUUUUUUUUUUUGUUGUUGUUGUUUUUCCCGAGGGCCUGGGGCUGGUUUAGUGUUAAGAUCUUAAGUCUAUACAAAGUUUCAGAUCCCCUUUCAAGCUGUUUUUGCAGUAGCACCUCAUUGCAGUACACAAGAUCUAGGGGGCGGAGUUGGGUAGGUUUAGGGGUGGGUUUAGGGAUCAGGGGGUGGAGCUGUGUGGGUUUAGCUAUAUGUAAGGUGGGAGGAGUUGGAUCUGGACCCGACUCCUCCCCGCGGAUUUCAUGUUCCGCAGUGAGGACCAUCUCUGUUUUUGAGCAUCUGUAAAUAUUUGAACAUCACAGUAGCUUAAGAAACAGACCAGCUGGAGAAACAUGUACUGAAUAUUCAGGCCCUGCAAAUUGUCAUCAUAUCAUGAUAUUCAUACUGUUUUUACAUCGAUAAUUUCAGUUGCCUUAUGCUUUGCUUCUGUUCACGCUGAUGUGCUGCCCUUUUUAUUCAUAAUCCUCAUGUAGCUUUUAUCAAAAGAAUUCCAGCGAUUCACUUGUAAUAGAGAUUUUGCCUUUUCAAAACAUUCCAUUAAAUUGAUUUCCAAACACUGGUCAUCUUUUGCGCUGAGCUGAGUUUCUUGAAGGUUGGUUAAGCAUGAUGCACGAUAUGACUGCUUUUUACAGGCAUCAUGGUUUUCCCCCAAUCCAAAGGGAGUUCAUCAAACCCUACAAUUUAUGAAUAUGUAACAAAGAGGCCACCACAGCAUGAGAAAUUCAGCCCUGAUCUGAUUAGUACAGCAUCUUGAAAAAACAACUUAAAAUGGGUUGAUGUGACAACCAGCAGUUUUCUUUUUCCAUAGAUGCACAUUUGCAGUGGACCGAUAAAAAGGCAAAAACAAGCACUCCAAAUAUGAUUUUUCUAUAAAAAUGUGUGUAUAACAGUAGAUUUUAGACGUUUUGUAAACUGAAAAUCCCUUUUUAUUUUGUGUUUACUGUCUUUUGCUUUUUUGACAUCUUAAUGACAUCUGCAAAAAAUAAUCUUCUGCUCUUGAAUUAUGUCUUCUGACUGUAAGUGACUUUUAUUUGUAAUUAUGUUAAUAAAGACAACAUAUACAAUUGA